ACACCCGCACCCUCCUCCUCCUCCUCCUCCUGCUGCUACUGCUGUCGCUGUCCCAGGCUCGCCGCCGAUCGGGCUCGGGUGGCAGCGGGGAGCCCCGGAUCUCCGCCUUGCCGCGGCCCGCAGUGCCCAUGCCCGCCGCCCACCAGAAACUGCAGCACCCUGGUUUUCCAUGCGUCCGAGAGCGCCUGUGGACAAAGAGGGGCUGCAUGGUCCAGCAGAGCCUGUGUAGCUAAUGGCUCCUGGGAUAAUGCCGUUGUCCUGCUGCAGAGCCAUGUCCAAGAAUGAUGGUACCAAAAAGCCAGCGUCGGAGAUGGUGCCAGACCAGCGCUGGAAGCUACAAGUCUUCUACCUCUGCUUCUAUGGCUUCAUGACACAGAUCCGGCCCGGGGAGAGCUUCAUCACCCCCUAUCUGCUGGGGGCCGACAAGAACUUCACAAAGGCAGAGGUGACCAAUGUGAUCACGCCGGUGCUGUCCUACUCCUACAUGGCCAUGCUGGUGCCCAUCUUCCUGCUGACAGACUACCUGUGCUACAAGCCCGUGCUGGUGCUGCAGAGCCUGAGCCACAUCUCCAUCUGGCUGCUGCUGGUGCUGGGCACUUCUGUCCUGGCUAUGCAGCUGAUGGAGUUCUUCUACAGCAUCACCAUGGCUGCCCGCAUCGCCUACUCCUCCUACAUCUUCUCCCUGGUCACACCGUCCCGCUACCAGCGGAUGGCUAGUUAUUCCCGCUCUGCUGUGCUCCUGGGGGUUUUCACCAGCUCCGUGUUGGGCCAGCUCUCCGUCACCUUGGGUGGUGUCUCCUUCCUCACCCUCAACUACGUCUCCUUGGGCUUUGUCAGCUUUGGCCUCAUCCUCACCCUCUUCCUUGAGCGGCCCCGACGCAGCCUCUUCUUCAACCGGCCCGGAGGGGCCAGUGACGCCACUGUGCCCACUGAGCUGGACAGGAUGGCUGGGAGGGACAGCGGCGAGGGGACACGGGGCUGGCGGGACAUGGUGCUGUGCCGUAUGCUGCAGGAGCUGGGAGCGCUGGCCAGUCAGCCCCAGCUCCGUCUCUGGUCCCUGUGGUGGGUCUUUAACUCAGCUGGGUACUACCUGAUGCUGUACUAUGCUCACAUCCUCUGGAACGAGAUCUCUUACACCAUGGACAACCGCCGCGUGUACAAUGGAGGCGUUGAUGCUGCCUCCACCCUGCUGGGAGCUGUCGCCUCCAUCGCUGCUGGCUAUGUGAAGAUCCGCUGGACGCUGUGGUCAGAGCUGGUGAUUGGAGUGGUUACAGCAUUCCAGGCAGGACUGCUUCUGCUCAUGAACUCCACCACCAACAUCUGGCUGUGCUAUGCUGCCUACAUCCUCUUCCGUGGUUCCCACCAGUUCCUGGUGCCCAUUGCCAUUUUCCAGAUUGCUACCUCCCUCUCCAAAGAGCUCUGUGCUCUGGUCUUCGGGAUCAACACCUUCUUUGCUACUGUGCUGAAGACCGUCAUCACCAUCAUCGUGGCUGACAAGAGGGGCUUGGGCUUAUCUGUGCAUCCCCAGUUUUAUGUAUAUUUUGGCUACUUCACCCUGCUGGCUGUGGUCUACCUGCUGGCGGCCAUCAGAGUGGGUGUCCAGUACAGCCACCGCAGGCAGCCAGUGGAGCUGGCCUUGGCCAAGGAGCUGUGCCAGCUCCCAGUGGAAAUUCCAGCACAGGAGAAAAGUCCGGAGGCGGGCACCGUGCAAGCCUGAGCGCUGGCACCACGACACUGUGGCCGGCUCUUGGCUCCUGAAGUGAGCGUUGUCAUUGCCACCAUGUGCUUGGUGUCGUCCCACUGCUGGUCCUGGGUGCUGUUUUGUCGAGGAUGUAACCGUUGGGAUGUGUUUUCUGCUCUGUGAGGACAGAGCUGUGCCCCUUCCCUGUCCCCCACGCGUAAAGUAGGAGCAGGAUUCCCAUGGUGCCACCACCGUGUGUCAUACAGGGGUAUGGAUGAGGACCCCAUCCCGCUGCAUCCCCAUCAUGGCACGGAGCCAGGCUACAAGAGAAUGUUUCUUUAUUCAGUGCCUUUAGAAAAUGGUUUAUAGGACACAACUGAUGACAAAAAAAUAAUAUAAAGAUCCACACGCUUUAAAUUGCAUUAAUUACACAAAAUACAGUAGACUGUAAGAAAUAGAGACCGUGUGACUCGCACAGCUUUUAUGGUAAUAAUUUCCAUACAAUAACAAAAAAAGCUAGUUACAAA